AUGGGCGCCGACGCGGCGCGCCCUCCCUCACCUCCCUCCGGACCCGCUGGCGUAACGGAAGGGCUUAGCGUCGCCGGCGCGCAACCGAUGGGCGCGGCGACAGCUAACAGCACGCUCAGGUAUGGAUUAACCGUAGAGACACCGAGGUCACCGUCCUACGACACGACAUUGCUAUGGCGAAGGGAUUUAGCCAAGCGGUUACGGCGUCGUUCCAGACCCACGCCGAUCCCAGCUAGACAUCCCAAGGCUGCCGUCAUAGACAGAACUACCGAGAAACGAAAGUCGCUGCAGGAAACUACCAAGGAGGUAAAUAAACCAAUUAUUAGAGCUCAGUCCGUCAGAUCACAUGCGAGCAGUCGCACUGUGAUAGAAGCGCAGCUGUCUCAGGCGGAGCUCGAGGCCAGCGAACGGCUAGCGGAGAUAUCCCGGAGGGAGUUGCAGCUAGAAGCGGACAUGGUACGUAAACGGCUAGACGCCAGAAAACUGCAGAUCCGCGCUAAUGCGGAUAGCGCAGACGAGCACGAAUCUGCUGGUAGCGUGCGGAAUUCGAAUCAAGAUCGAUUAGACGAAUGGCUAGAGAACUCGCGAGACGCGACGUCAAAACCCAUUUGUAAGAGGUUAACCGACGAACCUCUACCCAAGUACGAGACUCCGAGACGACCUGCGCAGGCGGAGCGGCAUAUUCGAGGCCUCUCACCGGACCGCCAGAAAGUGACGUACGCGACACGUCAAGCCACAACAUCCCGUUCGACGACGUGCCUGUUCUGCGGUGGCGGUCACCCGACGCCGGACUGCCGCAAGUUAGCCGCCCAAUCCGUGGGCGCUAGAUGGGAGUGGGCGAAAUUAAAUCGUAUAUGCUAUCGCUGUAUCGACGCGAAGCAUAUGAAAACACAAUGCAAGGCCAAAGCGUGCGGCGUUGCAGGCUGUCCUCACGUACACCAUCGACUGCUUCAUGCGGACUCGCCGCAGGAAGUGCGUGAGGAUACGGCUAUGGUGCUAACACAAGAAAUCAGGUCAGCACCUACAUCGUCAGCAGUGACGUCAUCGGCCGAGCCAGCGGACACGACGGAGCCGCGAGCUGCGGACGACGAGAACGACGCCCGCGUGUACGUGUCGUCAACACCGGACUACAGCGUGCUGCUAAAGGUACUACCCGUAACCGUAUCAGGUCCAAAGGGAACGGCGCAUAUCUUCGCUUUCCUUGACGAUGGAUCCACCUUGUCAAUGAUCGACCAGGACGUCGCGGACGAGAUCGGCGCGGUCGGUCAAGACGAGCCGCUAUGCAUAAGAGGUAUUCAGCGGUUGAAACUUAGCUCAGUGACACAGACGGUCAAGGCUAAAGUAAGCCCCGCUCGAGGCGGCUUGACAUACGAUAUAUCCCUAAAAACGGUAGACGGACUAGGGAUACGCUCGCAGUCAUUAAAUAAGAAGCGUCUAUUGGAAUACGAACAUCUGGCGGACUUGGGCGACGAGUGCUACACGGGCAUGGGCGUGCCGCAGAUGUUAAUAGGCGGAGACUUCAGUCAUCUUAUAAACCCGACGGAGGUGAGGCAGGGCGGCGAGGACGAGCCGUGCGCAGUUAAAACCUCGUUAGGAUGGGUUUUCUUCGGGCGAAUGCCGAGGUAUGUACCAAAUAACGAGCAGGUCGUGAUGCACUGCCACAGUGACGACAGUGAUCUCGUGGAGCAGGUCAAGAAACACUGGGCAGUCGAGGCGCUUGGCAUAACGGCAAAGGACAACAUUCGACCCGACGACCAGCGAGCGAUCGAUACAUUCGAACGAACAGUAAAAAAGGUAGGACAGAGAUACGAAGUCGGCCAACUAUGGGCUGCCGACGACAUAAAGCUGCCACCGAGUUUCAACAUGGCGAAGGCGAGAUUACGCAAUCUAGAAGCCCGCAUGUCGAGAGAUCCUGACUUCGCCAACGAGUAUCAAGCACAGAUACACAAGCUUCUGGAAAAGGGGUACGCAGAGCGCAUCAUGGAACCACCGCAUCACACAUCGAAUCGAACAGACGACCUGCCUGAGAGGAAGGCGAGGCCGUCAACCGAGACAUCACUGGCGAUCAUCUCAGCGAAGCCAGACCCUUCGAGCGUACUGCCAGACGUGAGACGAUUUAGCAGUUACGACAGACUGUUGAACGCGACAGCGAACGUCUUGCUAUUCAUCGAGAAAACGAGAACGAAGAAUAAAGCCUUGCAGCUACAAGUCAGACAUUUGAGAAAGGCAGAACACAUGUGGUUGCAAUACAGUCAACGACGAAGCUUUCCCGAAGAGCUUCGAGCCUUAAGCCAGAAUAGGCUCAUCGAUCGCAAAUCGCGAUUAUACGACCUGGCACCCGAGCUAGGCGAUGACGGCGUGUUACGCAUGAAGACGAGGCUGGGCAGCGCUCCAGUAUUGUACACCGCGCUACAACCGAUAAUACUGGAUGGCCGCGAGCCGUUCACCCGUCUACUCAUCCUGCGAGCUCACCGACGAUCAGCGCACAUUCACAACGAAGCAGUAAUCAACGAACUGCGACAAGAAUAUUGGAUACUACAUCUGCGGCCGACCGUGAAGUCUGUAGCUCGAAACUGCGCGCUAUGCACACUACGACGAGCAACACCGAGAGCGCAACCCUUAGGCGAUCUCCCGCCCGAGCGACUACGGGCGUAUCAACGUCCCUUCACUCACACCGCACAAGACUACAUGGGACCGAUGUUCGUCACGAUCGGACGGCGCAGAGAAAAACGCUGGGUGUGUCUAUACACGUGCCUAGUGACGCGCGCUAUUCACCUUGAAAGCGUGCACAGUCUUUCAACCGACAGCGCGCUACUAUCACUACGAAGAUUCGCCGCGAGAAGAGGAUGGCCCAGGACGAUGUACAGCGAUAACGCGACGUGCUUCAGGGCGGCGGCGACGGAACUACGUGAGGCGUACCGGCAAUGGCUGCCUGUACUGCAAACUUACGCCACUCAGAACCGAAUGGAGUGGAAAUUCAUCCCACCUGGCAAUCCUUCGGCCGGGGGCGCGUGGGAGCGAAUGAUAAGGACAGUUAAGAUAGCGAUGUCCUACACUUUCAACGAACGAGCACCGAAACCCGAAGUUUUCGAAACUCUACUCGCCGAGAUAGAGAAUAUCGUCAACCGACGACCACUUACACAUGUCAACGUCGAUCCAGACUCCGAAGAAAGUUUGACUCCAGCACACUUUCUACUUCUUCAUAACGCUAACCUACCGAUGAUUGGCGUUUACGACGAGAACGAAAAGAAGCAAUGGAAGAUGGCCCAAGCGCUUGCCGACCACUUUUGGCGGCGCUGGACCAAAGAGUACUUUCCUCUACUGGCACCGAGGAAGUCGUCCCACGACGGAGGGCGGCAACUUCAACCAGGCGAUGUGGUCAUCGUCGCUGAACCCAAUGGUCCACGCAGCGUGUGGCCCCGAGGCGUCGUCGAGACUACCUACCCGGGACCCGAUGGACGGGUCCGCUCCGCUGACAUCAGAACGAGACACGGGACGCUACGCAGGCCCAGCUGCAGGCUGGCGGUCAUCGCGUCGCAACCCAUGCACCAGGAGUCUUCGACUGCGGGGACAAAAUGUUAG